AUGAACGGCACACACUUUGCCUUUUCAUUUCAGCCUGUGCUGCUUAAUGUCACCGAAGAUGUCAAUGACUCAAUUCUCAACAACAGAAGCAGUGAUGGAUUUUGCGAGCAGGUCUUCAUAAAAGCUGAGGUCUUCUUGGCUUUAGGGAUCAUCAGCCUGCUGGAAAACAUCCUCGUCAUUCUCGCAGUGCUGAAGAAUGGAAACCUACAUUCUCCCAUGUACUUCUUCCUCUGUAGCUUGGCUGUGGCAGAUAUGUUGGUGAGCAUGUCAAACGCCUUGGAGACCGUCAUGAUUGCAAUCCUGAGCAGCGGCUAUUUGAUCAUCGAUGACCACUUCAUCCAGCACAUGGACAAUGUUUUCGACUCAAUGAUAUGCAUUUCUUUGGUAGCGUCAAUUUGCAACCUCUUGGUUAUAGCCAUUGACAGGUACAUCACUAUUUUCUAUGCUCUCCGUUACCACAGUAUCAUGACUGUGAAGAAAGCUUUAACCCUAAUUGUGCUCAUCUGGAUCGCCUGCAUCAUCUGCGGCAUCAUAUUCAUUGCCUACUCAGAAAGCAAAACUGUCAUUGUCUGUCUCAUCACCAUGUUCUUUACCAUGCUCUUCCUCAUGGCCUCCCUUUACGUUCACAUGUUCCUGUUUGCACGCCUGCACAUGAAGCGGAUCGCAGCCCUGCCUGUGGACGGGGUGCCCUCCCAGCGGACCUGCAUGAAGGGCGCCGUCACCAUCACAAUACUGCUGGGUGUCUUCAUUGUUUGCUGGGCACCUUUCUUCCUUCACCUCAUUCUCAUCAUUUCUUGCCCUAUGAAUUCAUACUGUGUCUGCUACACUUCACACUUCAAUACUUAUCUGGUUUUGAUAAUGUGCAACUCGGUAAUCGAUCCGCUCAUUUACGCCUUCCGGAGCCUGGAGAUGAGAAAGACUUUCAAAGAAAUAGUAUGUUGCUGCUAUGGUGUGAGCGUGGGACAGUGCAUGCUGUGA